AACUGAAGAAUACACUCAACACAGGUGUAAAAUAAAAGCUGCAAAAGCAGAGAGAUACUUGGUUGUCUGCUAUACAUCUUGCGGAGACAUCAAAGCUGGUCGUCAUAUGUUUAAGCAUUUGGACACUAUGGGCCUCUUCAGCUUCUUAUCCCAGAAAAGUGCUUUGAUGAUAGUGGUUUUGUUGGUGCAUUUUACACUAGAUCAUAGUCAUGGACACAAAAAUAAGCAUGGAGAUGAUGCUGCAGCUGGUGAUGGUGUACAGCCACUGUCGAAGAUUCAAAUCCUCAAAGCUGUUUCUCAGCUUCACGAAAAUGCUUCCGUCUCUGCGUACCCUGUCCUUCUUGGCACAAAAGGGGAAGAUUUUGGGUGGGUAACUGUGACAGUUUCUAGUCCUAGUCCUGCACAAGAUGAUUGGCUGGUGUUGAAGGAAAAUCAAGUUUAGUGUGCCUUAUCAAACUAGGAAUAGGAAUAGGAGAGAAGAUUCUAGAUUUCCCAAUC